AUGGCAAAGAAGAAGAGCAAGCAGGUAGGCUCAGUCAGGCUGGCCAGACUACUCGAUGCUGACUCUCUGCAGAUCAUCCGCCCUUGGUGCUGGUAUUGUGAGCGGGAGUUCGAAGAUGACAAGGUUCUAAUGCAGCAUCAGAAGGCCAAGCACUUCAAGUGCAACAUGUGCCCUAGACGUCUCAACACCGCAGGAGGUCUCGCAGUCCACAUCCAGCAAGUCCACAAGCUCGAGCCAGACCAGCUGCCUCGUAUCGACAAUGCACUACCAGGUCGAGACGGCUACGAGGUGGAAAUUUUCGGGAUGGAGGGUAUCCCUGCGCCCGACGUGGCCGAUUAUAAGCGCCGCAAGGAGAUCGAACUGGGACUCAACCCCGGCACAAUCUCGCAGCCCCAGUCUAAAAGGCCCAAGCUGGACAACCGUCCGCUCACAGAGGACGAGCUCAGGGCACAGCUCGCGGCCCACAGGGCCCUCAUGGGCGCCGGCGAGAACACCGCUGCGCCUGCAGCCCCUGAGGCUACAGGCGCCGUCUACGGUGCCCCUCCACAGGCGUAUGCUGCCCCGCCCGUCCCUGCCAUGAUGCCGCCCCCGUCGGCGUCUCCGCCAGGAAUGGUACCGCCAGGUGCGCCGCCAUUUGUUCCAGGCGCGUUACCUCCGCCAGGUUAUCCAGGAGCACCUCCGUUCCCGCCGCCGCCAGGAAUGCCUUACCAUCCAGGGUAA